AUGACAAUUUUUAAUUCAAUUUCAUCAAUUUCAAAUCCAACCAGAACAGCAUUAAGUUCAAUCAACACCUAUAAUUAUAAUGGAUCAUCUGUUAAUGAUAAUUCAACAGCAUAUUUUGAUAAUGAUUUUGGAGGAUGGGGUGGUUUAGGUGAUUUUGGUAAUGGUAAUGGUUGUGGAGGUGGUAGUUCAAAUGUAAAUGUUAUUAACCUUGACAUUGAUUUUGGUCGUCGUCGUCAUCGUAGAUGUUGUUAA